GGGACGCUUUUUCAACAACAGUGAGUCAGUCACUUCAGUAGCUUGCUAGGCGACAUAGCCUAAACGUUCAAGCUUUUUUAGACUGUUUCAGUGCAUAUUUUCCCAUGUGUUUUAAACAUUUCAUAUUUACGUUGUUAGUCAGGCAAAAGUCUUACAUUUGCCUAGGACUAGGCUAGUCGCUAAUGCCAAGUAGCUAGCAAACAUCCCCGAUCAUGAGUUCACUAAGCUACUCUCCUGCUGAUAAAGAAGAGGAGGUCUGCUGGACGGACAAAGAGGGUCUGUGGCUGAACGUUGUUGUGAAAGAGGAGGAGGAAGAGGAGGCUGUUACAAUACAAAAACAAGUAGAGGGUGAGGCUGUUACAGUGAAAGAAGAAGAGAAAGAUGUUUCAGUUAAAGAAGAGGAGGAUGCAGGGGAGGAGGGGGAGAUGACUGUCACAUUGAAAGAAGACGACGAGGAGGAGACAGAAGAUUUGAUUAAGACCAGAGAGAGACCAGACUCUCACAGUAGGAAGAGUCCUUCAGAGGAAGCAGACCCUGCAAGGCCCAAACCAGCAAGCCCACACCACUGCUCCCACUGUGGAAAGAGAUUUUUCUUAUCCUGGAAUCUGAAAAACCAUAGGAGAAAAGCUGAUCCAAUGUUCCCACUGUGGAAAGAGUUUUACCCAGUUAGGGAACAUGAAAAUACAGAAUACACACAGGAGAAAAGCCCUACCACUGUUCCCACUGUGGAAAGAGUUUUAGUUGGUCAGGGGGCCUGAAAAAGCACGAGAGGACGCACACACAAGAAAAGUCCUACCGCUGCUUCCACUGUGGAAAGAGUUUUACUAAGUUAGGGGGCCUGAAUAGGCAUGAGAGGACACAUACAAGAGGGGAGAAGACCUACCACUGCUCUCAGUGUGGAAAGACAUUUUCCCAGUCAGAGGACCUGAAAUCACAUGCGAGAAUAUAGACGCUGUGUUCUGACUUAUGUUAUUGACCUGAGAAUUUAGGUUUUUGUUUUUGCCAAAUUAAAUCAUAUUGUUUAUAUGAAAUCAUUAACAAAAUAGACCUACUUUUGUUUUGUUUUUUUUUCCAUCUGGAAACCUGAUCAUGUCUAAAAUCAGACUAAAUAUUUAAAAAUGUGUAUUUUGUUUUCAUUAUUAGCUUCGAUUGAUUUUAUACAAGUAUAAACCCUCUGUUGUUCACUAUAUGAUUUGGAUAUUAUUAAAGUGAAGUUAAUAUAUAAGUAACAGGAGCCUUGGCUUGUCUGAUCC